AUGGUCGAUGUUUCGCGUGCGUCGGUUGUUCACCCCCGGGUGUCCCUCUGCUGUGCCCCUUCAGGCGGAGACCACAGCUCCGACACGGAGAGCGCCCCCUCCCCGUCCCAGGCCGACCCGUCCAAGGGGGGCGACGCCCAGCGGGGCGAGGGCGGCAGCGGCGCCUCCUCCGAGGGCUCCCAGCGCUCGGAGCAGGACAAGGGCCAGGCGGCGGCGUCCGCGUCGGACGGGAAGGGCCCCCCGGAGGCCCCUUACGGCGAGCUGCGCGUCAAGCUGGAGAAGAGCCCCGAGGGCGGGCCGGAGGAGGAGAGGGCGCGGGCGGCCUACGAGGGCCAGGUGCACCCCAAGAGCGAGCCCCAGGACGUAGACAUGUCGGCCCCGCCGGUGCAGGUCAAGGUGGAGCCCGAGGCCAAGGAGAAGGCCGACAAGGCGGGCAGCGGGGCCGGCGGGGGGGGGGAGCACGGCGAGGGGCAGAGCCCGUCGGACAACGACUCGAGCGCCACGUGCAGCGCCGACGAGGACGGUGACGCUGAGCCCGAGAGGCGUGGGCUGUUCUCUAUGGACAAGCCUUCUCUCCUCAGCCCCCCAGGCUCAGUGGUGGUGUCCUCGGCCAAGCAGGCCCACCUCAGCAUGCAGCAGCUGCAGCAGCGCGCCGCUGACAUCCCAGCCAUGGUGCCGGGCCCCUUCAGCCCCGGCGGCGUUCCCAUGGUGACGCCCCUCAGCGGGCUCGCCAUGUUCCAGCACCAGAUCAAGGCGGCUCACGAGUCGGCUCACCAGGAGGAGCGGCAGAGGCAGGAGCCUCGCUUCCACACCCGCAGCCCCACCGUGCUGGACCGGGAAGGGAAGCCCUUCCCCUACAUGUCCUAUGACAUGAAGCUGGCUCUGGAGCAGGAGGCCCAAGCCGGCCGGCCAGCCUCCCCCUACAGGCUCUCCCCGAGGGAGCCGAGCAAGACCUCCCCCCCACCCGACCCCAACACCGCCAACGCCUCGCGCUACAGUGUGCCUCCAGUGCUCCACCCGGCCCCUAACCAGGUGGUGCAGGGCCUGCCCGAGGGCGUCAGGGUGACUUUCUCCAGACACAGUCGGCCGGCCAACAUUCCGUCUCCUCCUCCCCUCAUUCCCACCUCCAAGCCAACGGACAAGCCAUCCUUCAUCCAGGGGGGCUCCAUAUCCCAGGGGACUCCCGGGACCUACCUGCCCUCCCACGCCGUGUACGGGCCGGAGGGCACCAAGAGCUCGGUGGGGUCCAUCUCCCUGGGGCUCCCCAGGCAGCAGGAGCCCUCCAAGCCCGUGUCCUACAUCAAGCAGGAGGAGUGCUCCCCGCGGAGCGCCCAGCCCGAGGGCCUGCUCUCCAGGGCGCAGUACGAGGGGGUCGUCAGAGGAGGCCCCAUGACCUCCAUGCAGGACGGGGGCAUCUCCCGGGGCAACCCCGCCAAGGUGGGCGCCGAGGGGCUGCCGUUCAGAGGAUCGAUCACUCAGGGCACGCCCGCCCUGCCCCAGCCCAGCCUGGCGUCCGACCUCCUGAAGGGCACCAUCACCAAGCUGGCCACGGAGGAGCUGGGCAGCCCGGACAAGGCCAGGGAGCAGCUGGCCAAGGGCCACGUCAUCUACGAGGGCAAGAGCGGACACAUCCUCUCCUACGACGCCAUUAAGAACCCCAGGGAGGCCACGCGCAGCCCCAGGACCAGCCACGAGCUCAAACGCACCUACGACAUGAUGGAGCCGCUCGCCAGGGGACACCCGGGCAGAGAGGGAGUCCCAUUUGAAGGGUUGAUAAGCCGAGCGCUGCCUAGAGACAGUCCCCACGGCGACUCCAAGGAGAGGCCGAUGAUGACCGGGUCCAUCAUGCAAGGGACCCCGAGGACCUCGGCCGAGGCCUACGAGGAGAGCAUGAAGUACGGCAAGCAGAUCAAGCGGGAGAGCCCGCCCAUCCGCUCCUUCGAGGGGGGCAUCGGCAAGGGCAAGCCCUACGAGGGGGGCGUGAACACCAUCAAGGAGAUGGGCCGCUCCAUCCACGAGAUCCCCCGGCAGGACCAGGCCGGCCAGGACAGCCGCAAGACCCCCGACAUGGCCGACAGCCGGCGCCACGCCGCCAUGGAAGGAGCCAUGUCGCAGGGUCACCCCCUGAGCCAGCCGGCCAUCAAGCACAACGUCAAGUCCCUGAUCACCAGCCCCGGCAAGAUGGGCCACGGCCUGCCCCAGCUGGACGCCAUGGAGCGGGCCAAGUACGAGGAGGGCAAGGCGGCGGCGGCGGCGGCGGCGGAGCAGCGCGGCCGCCACACCUCCGUGGUCAACUCGGCCACGUCGGUGCUGCGCUCCACCCACCAGGAGGCGGCCAAGUCGCAGCUCAGCCCGGGCAUGUACGAGGACGCCAGCGCCCGCCGCACCCCCGUCAACUACAGCACGGGCUCCAUGUCCCGGGGGUCGCCCAUGCUGGGCCGCGGCGCACAGGAGGGAGGCAUGAGCUCCGGCAAACCGUCUCCCCACGACCGGAAGACGCCCACUCACCGGGACAGCGUGCCGGCCAAGUCCCCCGUGUCCCAGGGGGAGUCCAUGCCCUCCCACAGCCCCUUCGACCCCCACCACCGGGCCGGGGUCCCCGGGGAGGUGUACCGGGCCCACCUGCCCCCGCACCUGGACCCCGCCACCCUGGCCUUCCACAGGGUCAUCGACCCAGCGGCAGCAGCCUACAUGUUCCCCAGGCAGGCGUCGCCGAGCGGCUACCACAACACCUACCAGCUGUACACCAUGGAGAACACGCGGCAGACCAUCCUCAACGACUACAUCACCUCCCAGCAGAUGCAGGUCAUCCCGCGGGCCGACGUGCCCCGGGGCCUGUCGCCGCGGGAGCAGCAGCAGAUCGCCAUCCCUUACCCGCCAGGGGCCAGAGGGAUCAUUGAUCUAGCCCAGAUGCCUCCAACUAUCCUGUUGCCUCACCCUGGGGGGACAGGUACCCCCACUCUGGACCGCAUCACCUACAUGCCCGGAGCUCAGGCCCCUUUCCCUCCUAGGGCUUUCAACCCAGCCUCCAUAUCUCCAGGUCACCAAGCCCACCUGGCGGCCACGGCGGCCACCAUGGAGAGGGAGCGCGAGCGGGAGAGGGAGCGCGAACACCGGGAGCGCGAGAAGGAGCACAGGGAGAAGGAGCACAGGGAGCGCGAGCACAGGGAGAGGGAGCACCGGGAGAGGGAGCACCGCGAGCACAGGGAGAGGGAGCACAGGGAGCGCGAGCGCGCCGUCGCCGCCGCCAGCGACUACAUGCGAGGAGGUGUGGAGCAGCCAGGACGCCCUGGUAGCCGCGGUUACCUGCGCUCCCCCUCCCCCUCCAUGAGGACGCCGGAAGGAGUGGUUCAGCAGCGACCCAGCAUCUUCCAGGGAACCAACAGCAAGAGUGUCAUUACCUCCCUCAUGCCCCCGGCAGCGCAGGCGUCCCAGCCCAGCUCCCGCUACAGCACGGCGGCCGACGCCCUGGCCGCGCUGGUGGACGCCGCCGCCUCGGCGCCCCAGAUGGACGUGGCCAAGGCCAAGGAGGGCAAGCACGAUGACGACAUGUCUGCGGCCGCCCGCCGCGCCGCAGCCAUCGGCGAGCAGCAGGACGCCGAGCGGCGCUCCAUGCAGUCUCCCUACGGCAACCUCUCCAUGCCCGGGGGCAAGCAGCAACAUCCGGUCUACGGCGAGCAGGCGGGGCCGGGCGGGAAGGACAAGACGCCGCCCUCCAAGUCGCGCAUCGAGGAGGAGCUGCGCACGCGCGGCAAGACCACCAUCACCGCCGCCAACUUCAUCGACGUCAUCAUCACGCGGCAGAUCGCCUCGGACAAGGACGCGCGGGAGCGGGGCUCGCAGAGCUCCGACUCGUCCAGCAGCCUGUCGUCGAACCGCUACGAGGCGGCCGGCGGGGCAGCCAUCGAGGUGAUCAGCCCCGCCAGCUCCCCGGCCCAGGCCCAGCCCCAGGCCCAGCAGGACAAGCAGGACGACAGGCCGCCCCAGCCCCCAGUUGGCAUGCGUCACGUCUUUGACAUGAGCCGCUACCGCCCAGCAGGGGAGCCCCCCCAGCCCAGCUCCCAGGCCCCUCCCCCGGGCCAGGCCGACUCGUCGUACUCCCAGGUCCCCAAGACCCACCGGGUCAUGACGCUGGCCGACCACAUCUCUCACAUCAUCACCCAGGACUUUGCCCGGAACCAGGAUCCACCCCCUCCUUCCUCCACCACCUCGUCCUCCUCCUCCGCGACCACCACAUUCCAGAGUGCGGUCUCCAGCUCUGGCCUGGGCCGCGCCAAGCCCCCCAGCCGCUACAGCCCGGAGAACCAGGCCCCCCACCACCAGAGGCCCCCCAACAGGCUGUCCCCCGAGAACGCCCCCGACAAGCCCAAGGCCAGGCCCGGCAAGUCCCCGGACCGGGGAGGCCGACAGAUGGACGGCUACGAGCCCAUCUCCCCUCCCCAGAGCUACCCGAGCAUGGACAAGCCCGAGGCCAGCGCCCCGCAGCCCCAGAGACGGGAGAACGACAACCCAGAGAUGAGGGGCGACAGGGGCGAGGGGAGCGGCAGCUACCUGCCCUCGUUCUUCACCAAGCUGGAGAGCACCUCUCCCAUGGUGAAGUCCAAGAAGCAGGAGAUCAUCCGCAAGUUCCGGAACUCCUCCGGCGUGGGCGACUCCGACAUCGGGGCCGCGCAACCAGGCACAGAGAUCUUCAAUCUGCCAGCUGUGACCAGCUCAAGCGGCAUCAACCCCAGGAACCACUCGUUCAGCGACCCGGCCAGUAACCUGGGCCUGGAGGACAUCAUCCGCAAGGCCCUGAUGGGCAACCUGGAGGAGAGGCCGGAGGAGCCGCAGGGAGGGGCCGCUCCACCCAGCUCCAACACCCCCAGCGGGGAGGCCCGCCAGGAGGCCAACCCUUCACCCAGCAUGGGCAAGCAAAAGCUGCAGGGCAAAGCCAACAGCCGCAAGUCCAAGUCGCCCAACCCGGGCCAGGCGUACGCGGGAGGGGGGGAGCGCCCCUCGUCCGUGUCGUCCGUCCACUCCGAGGGAGACUACCACCGGCAGGCCCCGGCCUGGACCUGGGAAGACAGGCCCUCGUCCACAGGUUCCAUGCAGUUCCCCUACAACCCCCUGACCAUGCGCAUGCUGAACAGCACCCCACCCACCUCCAUGGCCUCCCCCUCCAUCCAGGCCCAGCAGCAGCCUGUGCCGGGGGCCGCCCCGGGCGCCCAGCAGCUGGUGUGGGAGCGGGAGCCCCUGCUGUCGGAGCAGUACGAGACCCUGUCGGACAGCGACGACUGAGCCCACCCCCUUCCCCCCCGCGCCCUGCCGCCGCCCGCCCCCCUCCCUCCCCCCCCCCAUCCCUGAGGAGGGCUGAGCAGAGGCCGGCCUGCCCUCAACCACCACCACCACCACCACCAACCCCCCCUCUUCCUCUCCCAGGACUAUCCUCACUCACUGGUGCAGAGUUUAAGAGCGAGCGCAGGGGGCCCGGGGUGGCUUUUUGUGCAACAGCGCCCCCUGGCGGGCAGCUGAGAGAAAGGCAGCCGCCUCUGACAGGCUGAGGUCUUGGGCAUAGACUCCUUUUUUUCGGGGACAGGCCUGGACACACAGCAUGUCGGAAAAUGCCUGAGUGGAAGACAUAAAAGCUAACGAUGAAGAACUUGUAAAAAAUAAAAAAAAAAGAAAAAAAAGCUGAAAAGAAAAAAAGACAUUAAGAGACUAUUUCUUGAAGUUUUGAUUUCUGUGUAGAGAAAUACUUUUGUCUUUAAGAAAAAUCAUUGUAUGUAAAUAGAUUAACCUUUUGCAGUGUUUUUUUCUCCUCUUUUCUUUUCUUAAAUGCGUUCUUUCUCAUUUUAUUGUUGCUUUUAAAUGGAUCCACUUUGUUUUUGAACAGGAGGAGGAGGAGGUGUUCAAUCUUGAAUAUCACAGUUGGUCUCUCCCUGUCCCCCUGUCCCCCCGCCCUACCACCACAGACGAGCUGAGAGACAGACCUGUGGUUUGUACUUGAUUGAUACGCGUGGCGCACAGAGAAGUGUAGGUCCCAUCCACCAACCACCAAGCACCACCAAAGCCUGAACAUUGUGGACAUAAGUGAAUGAAACAAACACACAUGCUAACAUUUUUAUUUGAUUUUAUUGCAUUGUCAUUGGAUGCCUGUCUUUGCAACACUGUGGAGAUAAUGCACGGGCGUCACAGAUCCGCUGUUAGAGAAUAAAAGCAAGAUUUUUUUGGUCACCCUUCUUUUUUUUUUUUUUUUUUUUUUAUU